GAGCGUUGCAGGGGGAGGAGCCAGAGAGCGGAAGUAUUAGCAGGGGGGCGGAGACGGUUACCGUUCAGUCGUGCGCCUCCGUUGCUUCCUCAGUCGGGCUCAGUGUAGCUGGGCACUUUGCUGGUUACGCACGCUUCCACUUCCGCUCCUUUGGAUAUUCUGGGUUCCCCCACCACACACACCGUUUGCCAAAACUUGGUCCACUAACCACACCGGAUAUCCGAGCGCGGGCCAUCCAAGGCGAUGCUGUGCGUGCUGCUGUUACCUAUCGCCGCUUUCCUGCUGCGCGCGGAGGCGGCGGUCGGCAUCAUUAUCAACAACAACAACAACAACAACCACCACAACAACAACAACGACGGGAACACGGCGGACACGGACAAGUGGAUCAGCGACAAGGACAAGUACUGGAGCAAAUUCCGUGAUGAUGAUUCCUUCAGGACCUGGGGCCCAAGCAAAGCACAAGACAAAGAGCCAGAAAACAGGCCCAGGAGACAUGGGGAACUAGGAUCCAAAACACACUCAGCGCAGGCUAAAUGGAGGACUGAUGAGGGUUUGGACGUCACUAAAGAUCCUUGUAUGAAGGUGCACUGUCCUCCUCACAAAGUGUGUGUGAGUCAAGACCUCCAAACAGCCAUCUGCACCAAUCACAAACCUCCAAAGCACAGCAUUAAGCCAAGGAAAGGCAGCCAUCUCCAUAAGCACUGGAUGGGAGCAAUGAAUCAUGGGAAAUGUAGGACUUGUCCAGUUGUCCAUCCUAGUCCAGUGUGUGGCUCAGAUGGUCAUACCUACUCCUCAAAGUGUAAGCUGGAGUUCCAGGAGUGUGUUUCGGGAAAGAGCAUCUUAGCGAAGUGUGAAGGACCAUGUCCCUGCCUGCCUGGACAGGAAGUCUUCAAGCCACACACUGAAAAGAAUGCUUGCAGUGAUGCCGAUCUGAGGAGUUUGGCCUCUAGACUAAAGGACUGGUUUGGCGUGUUGCACAUGGAUGCCAAUCGAGAUCUGAAGAUUUCUGCCAAUGACAACGGUCAAGGACGUUUUGACACCAGCAUCCUCCCCAUCUGUAAGGACUCUCUUGGUUGGAUGUUCAACAAGUUGGAUAUGAAUUACGACCUCUUGCUCGACCAGUCAGAGCUUAGCGCCAUUUAUCUGGACAAGUACGAGCUGUGUAUGCGCCCUCUUUUCAACUCCUGUGACUCCUUUAAGGAUGGGAAGCUUUCCAACAACGAGUGGUGCUACUGCUUCCAGAAACCAGAUGGUCUGCCCUGUCAGAAUGAAAUAAAUAGGAUUCACACUCAAAGCCGACGGAAGUCUCUCAUAGGAGCAUUUGUCCCACGCUGUACAGAGGACGGCUACUUUAAGGCCACACAGUGUCAUGGCAGCACAGGCCAGUGUUGGUGUGUUGAUAAAUAUGGGAAUGAGAUUGCAGGCUCCAGGAAACAAGGCAACCCAAUCUGCGAGGAGGAUCAGGAGACCUCAGGGGAUUUUGGCAGUGGAGGAGCCGUCAUUCUUCUCAAUGACCAGGAGGAGGAGGAGGAGCCUCCACAGAAUAGGCGGCGCAGACAGAAGGAGAAGAGGGGCAGGCUCCGCCCCCAUGGGGCCAUAGAGGAUGAUGAAGAUGAAGAAGACGACAAAGAAGACGAGAUUGGCUACAUCUGGUAGCUCUACCCCCAUCUCCCGUUGGCCAACCAGGGACCCCGGUUGUAAUGCACAGUUCUGAAGCCAUUCCAAUCCCAUGAUCUGGAUCAGAAUCUCCCUAAAAAAUGUCAAUAACUAACCUGCAUCACCUGUAUUCUUUUUUCCCCCUUUUUUAUUUCCUUUUUUCCUUCUUUUUCCUUUUUUCUGUAUCCUAUUUUCUGCCUGUUCUAAACAAUAUAAAUCAGUAAAAACUCUCAUAGCUACAUUAACACAAUCUGUAUCUGGAAAUGCAUCCACAUGCUCCAAAAGUUUUGGAUUUUUUUCAUUAUCAGAAUCUGUACUUUUCUUUGUAUUGUUUUUCUUUUUUUAUCUUUUUUUUUCCAUCCAUAGAGCUCCAGUAGCCAUUUGUGAGCUGCGGCUGUAAAUAUUUCUUUUUCUCAGACAGAUGAGGCGCUAUGUCUCCCUCCAUCCCAGAGUCUCUCACUUGAGCCUUUUAGAAGACUCCUAGAAGUUCUCAAAGGUUCUUCAGGUGGUGUGGAAUGUCAUUUAAUGAAGUAUAAAUAUGAUAUGAUAAGUGUGAGAGAAUUAGUAAAGGUUCUGGUGUGUUUUAGGAGGCUCUAGUGAGACUCUUGACGGGUCUAUGCAUGUUCCCCACUGUGGAGGCGGGAAGAAGGUGAUGUUCUUUUCUCAGCUGGUGGCUAAUACAAAGCCAAUGAGCAUUUUAUUUUGUGAUACUGCUGUUGUUUGCUGACGCUCUGCUUCAUUCUGUUGCUGGAUGGUCGCCACAGUGCUACCACAAGUAUCUAUUAACAAAAGUUUCUAUUCCGCCGGACAGUGUGGUACAGUGAUCUCAUGGUAUUGUAACUAGCCACAAGUACUAGUGCUGAAUUUGGGUACCUUUCUUGCCAAGGCAUCAAGAACACCAAACUGGGAGUUAGAAUCCUGGUGCAAACCUUCGACUGUUGAAAUGUAAUUGUCACUACAUUGUCACGUGAGUCACCCAUAAUUUUUUAAAAAUUAAGAACGUUACCGGAGUGUUUUAUGUCUCUUCACAUAGUUCUAAAUGCAGAGUUAAUGGAAAACCAGACCAUGAAGCUCCUACUUUGUUGCGAUUAUCAUUAGUGUUGGAUGUUAGCACUAGCAUUGCGUGGGAAAUGGCAUCAGUACACCACAACCGCUGUAGAACUCUUGUUUUCCCAAGUACUUUUAAAGGAAAUGGUUACAGGUACACAAUCAGGAUGCAGAUAGUUCUGAAUUCAGGUUAGUAACCAUACCAUUCCAUAUUACACUGUCCAGUGGAAAAGCGGAAAAGUCUGUGUCUGUGUCUGUGUGUGUCCAAACCAAUUGGUAGCCAAAACUUACAUCACUCCAAUUAUGACAUGAGUAAAAUUGUUUGAUUAAAGCAAUCAUUAUUUUUCAAUCAUUCUUGCUCUUAUAUUUUUUUUCUUAAAAUUCCUUGCCUCAGAGAAAGUUUGGGAACAUUCUUCAACAGUGUAUGCAUGCUGGUGUGUGAUACGUCACCAAGAUUUUCAGUCUGCCCUUCAGACAAUUCCAUUAAAUGCUCGCUCAUUCUGAAAUAGUAAUAAUGGCUGGGGACAAAAGAACUCUUCAUGGCCCCUUCAGUGUCAAGCCAGGCACUUUUUUCCACUUCCUUUCCCAGGCAACAUUUUAUUUUGACAGUCUCUUAAGAAAAAUGGAUUUUGUACAUGCAGGUUUUCCCCCUGCUGUGCCCGGCCAUCAGCAGGGUGUCUAAAGGACAAAAAAAAAAAAACUGCAUGGUUUUGAAUAGAAACUAUUAGGACUAGGUCUUUGCUCCCCUCCAUCAUACAGAGAUAAA